GCAACAACAACCACAACUGAGUCACCCACAACAACCACAACUGAAGCCACAACAACCACAACUGAGUCACCCAUAUCGACCACAACUCAGUCACCCACAACUUCCACAACUGAAGUCACAACAACCACAACUGAGUCACCCACAACAACUACAACUGAGGCAACAACAACCACGACUGAGGCCACAAAAACCACAGCUGAAGAAACCACAACUGAGUCACCCACAACAACCACAACUGAAGCCGCAACGACCACAACUGAUUCACCCACAACAACCACAAUUGAGGCAAAGACCACAACAGCUGAGGCCACAACAACAACGACUGAGUCACCCACAACGACCACAACUGAGUUACCCACAUCGACCACAACUGAGUCACCCACAACUACCACAACUGAGGUCACAACAACCACAAAUGAGUCACCCACAACAACCACAAUUGAGGCAACAACGACAUCUGAAGCCACAACAUCCACAACUGAGUCACCCACAACAACCACAACUGAGGCAACAACAACCACGACUGAGGCCACAAAAACCACAGCUGAAGCAACCACAACUGAGUCACCCACAACAACCACAAUUGAGGCAACGACAACCACGACUGAGGCCACAAAAACCACAGCUGACGAAACCAAAACUGAGACACCCACAACAACCACGACUGAAACCACAACGACGACAACUGAGUCACCCACAACAACCACAAUUGAGGCAACAACAACCACAGCUGAGGCAACAACAAAAACAGCUGAAACCACAACGACCACAACUGAGGCCACAACAACCACAACUGAGUCACCCACAACAACCACAACUGAGUCAACAACAACCCCAACUGAGGUAACAACAACCACAGCUGAAGCAACAACAACCACAAAUGAGUCACCCACAACAACCACAAUUGAGGCAACAACGACAGCUGAAGCCACAACAACCACAACUGAGUCACCCACAACAACCACAACUGAGGCAACAACAACCACAGCUGAGGCAACAACAACAACAGCUGAAACCACAACGACCACAACUGAGGCCACAACAACCACAACUGAGUCACCCACAACAACCACAACUGAGUCACCCACAACAACCACAACUGAGGCAACAACAACCACGACUGAGGCCACAAAAACCACAGCUGAAGAAACCACAACUGAGACACCCACAACAACCACAACUGAAGCCACAACGACGACAACUGGGUCACCCACAACAACCACAACUGAGUCAACAACAACCCCAAUUGAGGUCACAACAACCACAGCUGAAGCAACAACAACCACAACUGAGUCACCCACAACAACCACAACUGAAGCCACAACAACCACAAAUGAGUCACCCACAACAACCACAAUUGAGGCAACAACGACAGCUGAAGCCACAACAACCACAACUGAGUCACCCACAACGACCACAACUGAGGUCACAACAACCACAACUGAGUCACCCACAACAACCACAAUUAAGGCCACAACAACAACAGCUGAAGCCACAACAAACACAACUGAGUCACCCACAACAACCACAACUGAGGCAACAACAACCACGACUGAGGCCAGAAAAACCACAGCUGAAGAAACCACAACUGAGACACCCACAACAACCACAACUGAAGCCACAAUGACGACAACUGAGUCACCCACAACAACCACAAUUGAGGCAACAACAACCACAGCUGAGGCAACAACAACAACAGCUGAAACCACAACGACCACAACUGAGGCCACAACAACCACAACUGAGUCACCCACAACAACCACAACUGAGUCACCCACAACAACC